UCGAGAGGAUCGAUGUUGUGCAUCGCGCCUGCGUCUCGAUUUUCGACAGAUCGGCUCACCGACCAAUUUCGUGAGAUAUCAGUGCAGUGAGAUAAAAUCAAGAGAUCUUUUCCUCAAUUGUGCGAGCGAUAUUCCUUUGAGAAAAAUAUAUCUGUGAAAAAUCUGGAGAUAAUAUGUGGUACGGUUUUCUUAGUGACAUCGCGCAGGUUUGCCCGAUAGACGGUGGAAGGGGCGCGAAAACCGGAAGCCUGGCACGCUCACCAAACCAUGGUGAUUAAUGUUCGACGAUCGUUUUACAGAAGGCGCAUCGUUCCGGCAUAGCAUCGAGCGAUAGGCUGCGUGCACUGCUUCGUUCUCGCGACUGAUAACAGUGUUUGAACUGUCAGUCCGUCGCGUCGGACUGAUAGUGAGUCCGGUUGCACAAUUAGACGCCCGUGAAAAGUUCGACUCGGCGACCGUGUGAUUAAUCGUGUUGACUGACGUGUCCGACGAACAACACCGGAAAGAAAGAGUUACGAGACAUUGCGACGAUAUUUCAGUGGUUGCCGAAAAACCGGUGCUUUCGAGCGGAUAAAAAGAAAUGGUACCGGCGAUCGUUAAACAUCAUCUAUACGCGGAGAGCGUCACGGGGACGUUAAAUUGCACGAUCGAUGCGUCCGCCGGCAGAAAGAAAAGAUUCUGGAAGACACGCCGAUAAAUAACACAGUGGCUGAAGUGUUCCACGAACGAUGCUUGCGGUCUGCUGGUAUCUCGGUUGAGACGCCGGCAGAAAUAGAAGCCAGUGAUUGAUUGUGCGAGGCCCGUCACGAAAGGAAUGUAAUCAGCGCACGGUGAAUCUCUAUCCGGUUAAAUCACAGUGUUUACUCGGGGUACGAUCAUACACGAACGUGCUCGAAACCUCGAGCCAAUGUCCUAUUCUGACUCGAAGUUACCCCGAUGAAAAGUUGUACUUUGAUGGAAAAGUAGUCUGGUGAUUGUACGAACGACGGUGCGUAAGGUCUCGCGAGUCUCAAGUGUGACGCUUGUGUUUCUUGCACUGUUCCCUUUCGAAUCGAAACGUCUCUGUGCAAAAGUUUUCACCGAAGAAGACGCGAGAAUCUAUCGGUUGAACGAGCAGGCGUGAUAUUUCUCUCUUCGUUUGAAGUUUCUUACUUUGGUGUUCUACGAGUUGCUUUCCUUGCCCGAUAGUGCAUCACGAUAUUCUCUCGUGACUAUCACGCGUCGAGUCGCGUAGUACAUACCUGUUGUCACAAAUCAGCGGAUGACUUGGCGGCGCUGGACUGAUAGCGAGACCCAUUCGGUGUGCAAUCAGGAAUCACCGAUGGCGCAGGGCAUCGAGUGGCUGACAACGUGCACCACCGGUUAAUGCCGGCUACGACGAAAUUACGCUGUGCUAGCGCAGCCAGAAAUUGCCAGGAUAACGUAGCCACAGUCGAUUACCGGGAGUAGUCAGCAGGAGAGAUCCGAUCCCAGCGGAUUCGUCGCGCUAGGAGGGCAGAAAGAAGAAAGGAACUUUUCCUGGGAGAUUCGAAAAUGCGAGUACGUUGGCAUUACCGCUGAAAAAUGAACGAUGAAAUAAUCUUGAAGACCUUAACCGGUGGCGGUAACAUUCCAUUCGCCGAUGAGGAUGGCACGGUACCGGGCAUUGACCAUCGCCGCGUUCGAUCGAAUAUCACGCGGAGAGAGCUGACGAAAGAAGCCACCGCUCCGACUCUAAGCUCGAGGAACGUGCAGAGUUUCACCACUUUCCGUUCGAUAGUUCAACCGAAGAUCGUUCAAGAGGGUGAGUAUCGUGGUGGUGAACCGAGCGUCCCGAUGCUACAGAAGAGUUCGAUGUUGAAUCAGAGAGAAUUAGCUCAGCAUAGACAGAUCAAGCAAUCACCAGCUUUAAAGAGAAACAGGAACGAGGCGAUCGAAACGGGUUUAGAGAAUCCUCUGCAACGCUACGAGAACGCCGUGUUGAAGUAUCAGAAUCAGAAACCGAAAGAACGAGCAAAACGACCGCCGAGUCACGAUCGACAGCAGCAACAGCAGAACCACGGUUACUCGAGCAGCGACGAGAGCGUAGUCAGGAACAAGUCGAAGAGCAUCAGCUCGAUCGACACGCAAUCGGUGAACAACAUCUUGGACGAGUACGAGGAUCUCGAUUACAGAAGAUCGUCGGACUUGAGCGACGUCGGCAGUAUCAGCGUGUCGAACUUCGAGGCUGUCAUGAUGGAUCAGCAGAAGAAACAGCAGCAAGAAAAAUCGAGAGUCUUGGCGACGAGGAUGCAGCCCAAGUGUUCGCCGGGCCGGGAGAAACCCCAACCAGUUCUGAAAGUGAACCAACAGACCCAAGUGAGACAGCGGUCCCGGGAGAGGCAGAAGGAAUCCGUAAGACACGUUCUUCCAUCGUCUCCGACCGAGGACAAUUCCUCUUCGUGCGUUUCGCCGGUGGCUGUGACCGUGGACACCAGCCGAAUCAGAGUUCCAGAGGUGCUGUUUCGCAAAGGCGAAGUUCAGAAGAGGGUGGACGAAUGGUUGAAUCAGACACAGAGUCAGAAUUUCUCGGUGUCUCGAGAGAAACCACUGACCAGAUCGAACAGUAGCGCCGAUCAAAAGAGUCAGAGAAGAUAUCGUCAAGACUCGAGGUCCAGAUCGAUAGACGAAGGAAGGGACAAGUUGAACGGAACGUCGUCGAGUUACGACGACCUUAGUCGCGCGGACAAGAAACUGGAACGCAAGGUGGACAAAGUGAACGUCGGCGUGAACACGAGUAGGGGCACGUAUAAAGAGUACCUCGCCUUGAAGAACCGAAGCAAGCAACAAGAUUACGGUUUCAGCGCGCCAAACAGCGUGAUAGGUAGAUCGCGAGACAUCAGCCCUUCCACCGGAUCGAGAAUUCCUCAAAGAGGACCCCUGAGUUCCAGCUUCAGAUCCAGACGAUUAGAAUCCACCAACGAAGUCAGUCAAGCGGAUAGCAUUGGAGGAGAAUCGUCGCAAAUUUACCAGGCCGAAAAGAACUGUCGCGUCAGAAGCGCGGCCGACAACAGGCUGACGAAUUUGGUAAAGACCAGAAACGAGUCUGAUCAUAGCAGGAUAUCUGGAGUAAGCGGCGUAGCUACCGGUGGUUCGACAACGGCGACGAUCACGAGCACGAACGCGGCGGCGACGAGCAGCGGCACAUCGUCGGUUAUCCCCUGCAGGAAAGCGUCGUUUAAGCGAUCACAGAAUCACGAUCAAAGCACGAUUGGCGCGACGAGAGCGCUCGUUAAGGAAGAGACAGGCCAGAGAGCGAGAGGAGGUUGUGGAGGGAACAACAUCUCGAAGGGCCCGAGCAACCUUGGUGACCAAGGCGAGCCGAUCUCGCCAAAUAAGGACGGAGAAAGUAGGCGCCCGGCUCUCACGAGCGAUUCACCGCGAGCCGGUGAUAAACCAGCCGAUGCUGCCUGUAAAUCGAUGGAGGUUUCGAGGAGCGUCGAUCGGCCCACACGAGAUACCCUGAGGAUUGCCGGCGAAUCGGCCGAUUCUAGGUAUCUUCAAGAUAAGAGAGAAAACAAGGUGGAUCAGACGAGGCAGGAAACUAUUUACGGCGCCGUUGGUGCGCGUGUCCGGACUCUUCAAGGUCAGCAGGAAUCUCGCGUCACGAAACCGAGAAAUCUUCAAAGCGGCAUCGCGCAGUCAGAAGCUAGAAAGCCACCGGUUGUGCCGAGGAGGGAUCAGAUUCCUUGUUCUCAGGAAUCGAAGGACGAUCGGGCGAGGAAUUCGCCGAUCGAUUCGCCUCAAUCCACUUUUAAACCUAAUAGUCGCGUGUACGCGGCGUUGCAACAGUUGAACGAGCAAAAUUCGGCAAAGAGCAGAUCGGCGGCCAACAGUCCUUUGGAAAAGUCUCCGAACAGAUCGCACUAUUCUUCGCCGAAUCACGUGGAGAAGAUUUACGAGCGCAGCCUGCAGCCUCAGGUGAUUCACGUGGAUGACCUCCAAUCGAUCCUGCGACCUUCUUUGCAGGUUUCUGCUUAUGGCGAAGGUGGAACAGGCGGUCGAUCAGAUCUCAAGUCGCCUCCCAAAGAAGCGGUUAUGCUCGACGAACGAAACGAAAAAGAGAGAGAGGCGGACGAGGAGGAGGAGGACGACGACGAGGAGGAGGAAGAAGAAGAAGAAGCGGAGGUUUACGAACGGGUCGGUGAGUUGCGGUACGAACACCUGGAGACUAUCGAGGAAGACGAUCAGAAGAGCGAAGCAUCCGUUUGCAGAUACCCGGAGAUCGGAUUGAGUCAGUGCCUGAAGAUUCAGCAAUGCCUGCCGAACGGUAGAUCGAGAGGAGGUCCUCCGGAGAAGAAGAAGGAACCGGUGACGUGCACGAAGCGGGACCAACAAAACGAACCUGCCAGGACGUUCGUCACGUUUCACUCAUCUGGCUCCCCUCAGGGUAUCAAGACGACGAACCUGCAAUCUCGAUCCGCAGCAACUGGUUUGUUAGAGUGCAACGAACAAGAGGAAAAACGGGAGGUCACGGAACCGAUCAUGAUCGUCGAGGACUUCGAGAUCCCUUACGAUUCUGGGAACCUGGCCGACAGAAGCCAAUCGUGUCACACGCGGGAGAACAGCAAUCUAUCGACUGCCACUAUCCCGGUGGACGAGUUGGAGAGUGAAAGGCAGGCGGCAAAGUUCAAGGUCGAAGACGCGUGUCUUCGAUCGAACGAGACGUCGGAUCGGACAAUGGACGAUGCUAAGGAAACCAGCGAGAUAUCUGAAAAAUGGGACACUGAGAAAGGAGAACGAACGAACCUGAAGGAGACCGACGACCGUGGCUCGGUAGUGAACGAAGUGUUAGUGAAGAAUCUUCAAUUCAAGCAGGAUUUACCGAAAGAUUCGGUGGAGCACAGUGCUGGUGACUCGUUCGGCAAGAUCAUCGAAUAUGUCGGUCAGCAGAGACCGAUCGGCUUUCAUAAUGUUUUGUGCGACAAUUACGAGAACGUGCAGAACGCCAGGUUUAAGGAAAACAAGGUGUACGUGACGAAAGAGGAGAUGGAGCGGCAGAGGCUGAUGGAACUGCUCAGAAAGAGAGACUACGAAUCAGUGAAAGCGGAAUUGGAGAGGAGUUAUACCCUCUCGACCCCAGGGGGUAGCAGCCCCGUUUGUUGUCCGCCCUGUAGCCCGCCCCCUGCACCGGCUGCAUACAUAUCGAGCGCACGUGCGUCCUCGCGAAGACUCGGUGCCGGAAGUGGAAUCGGAGGUCCGCCGUCCCCGGAAAGGGAUCCCCUGGGAAGACUGUUAAGAUUCCUGAAGUCCUUCUACAGGGAGCUAGGCACUCGUGAUCCACCCCAUUUGCCGGCAUGGGCGUCGCCUCUUCCACUUGGCACCCUUUGUCCGGCGCACUUUCAACCGCACCUGCAGCUGCUGCACAAAGGCGAGCAGGAGCACAGGCUCGAAAACAUCAAGCCCGACCAGAUCUUCGCCCCGGUUAGGUUGAGCGAUGGCACGGUAUCAGAGGCGCCCCGCCGUGUGGCCAUUGAAGGAGGUCCCGGAAGCGGAAGAACGACCCUUUGCCUCCGCCUUCUUCACCAGUGGGCAAUACAAGGCGAUAGUCCGGCUCUGGCGUUCAUCGUCCCCCUCCGUGAACUACGAGGCAGUCCUGUGCUCAAUUACUUGGCUCGGGAAUUAUUCCCAAGGACGGCAGCCAUCGGCGACGCGGUCGCGCAAGUAUGGCGCACGCUGCAUUUAAUGGAGGACCGUGUGCUAUUUAUCCUUGACGGAUACGACGAGUGUGUAGGGGGCAGAGCGUCCCUAGGCGAUGCUAUAGACCUUCUCGAGGGACGUUUGUUCCCCGACGCGAGGAUCCUGGUCACUUGCUCGCCCAGCAACUCCAGUGUACUGUCGCCGCUAGUUCAAAGGAGGAUCCAUCUGGCUGGACUGGAGUGGCCGCACGUCGAGAGGCUCUGCGUGGCGUAUUUCAUUCACAACGACAUCGCAGAGAAGGCUUGCGAGUUCCUCGAAGCGCUGAACGUACAACCACAGGCCGUCAAGCAGCUUGGUCAGCAUCCUCUCGGUUGGAUUAUGCUCUGCUGUCUCUACCAGGACUCUGGAAGUUUACCAACGGAAACCAGCGCGCUGGUUCAAGCAGCCGUCAAGUGUAUCGUGAAGAGGAGCCUCGAUCCACCGGUACCUUACAACGAGGAGAUCCCAGGUCAUUGCAGAAAACGACUGGAGGAUUUUGGAAAAGUGUCUUUAGCUGCGCUCAGGGAGGGCAGGUGCUGCUAUACCGAGGCUGAACUCAGAGCUAGAGGCGGAGGUAUAGAAGUUACCAGACUGGGAUUCCUGACCAAAGGACUGAUCUUCGGGCAACGACGAAAACCAGACCUGUACACACCGAUUCACAUGGCCGUAGCCGAAUUCCUGGCAGCUUACUACUUAACCUCAGUAGCUCAGUACGCCAAUAUUCUUCGAAGGGAGUUGGAGGGAUUGCCAUCGGGAAUCAUCAGCCAUUUGGCUGGUCUACUGGGACCCAAGACGCAUUUAAUAUUAAACCAAUUGUGUCCGCUGGAGGUACCACCCAGAGCAGUUUUCUCGUUGCUGAAAGCAGCCGGUGCCUCGGAUGGAAACAUUUCCGCCGUGUGUAGAUUGGUCGGUGCAGGGCCGGGAUUUGGUCCCGCGCCCAACGAGAGACCUCCAGCACCGCUGGUCCACACUUCGCCUUUGGAACUCGAAGGAUGGGCGAGAAUCCUGGAGAGUCCGGCUUGCACCCUCGAGGCCCUCGAGGUGGUGUUCCAAGUGGAGAGAGGCUCCGAUCCCAGAUACCUGGACGACUUUUUCGAAGCCCUAGCUGGAAAUGAGAGUGUCAAACUCGUGAGAAUCACGUCGCUUCUCGGCCAAGAGUUCCCCGCGGAUGAAGCGCAAAAGUUGGCCGGACACUUAAAGAGCGUCCUGAGCAAGAAGAAGCUGAACGACUUUGAGUUGGUUAUAACUUGUCUGGAGGAAGCAGCUCACGAUAGAUUGGAGUGCGUGGUGAACGCCCUUUGCCGUGGACUGAGUCACGCGUCAGCCAGCCUGGCACGGCUGGUCCUCGACAUGAAUCUGUCCGGCGAGCAAGUGUCCCGGGUCUGCGAUGCUCUUCGUGGCUGCGUUCAAGUACAAGCGCUGCACUUGCCCCAUUUAGGCUGUGGCUGCGAAGGGUUGGCCUCGGUCGCCGAGCUGCUUAAGGAGAGGCCUUUGCUGGCGUUGAAUUUAGCUGGCAGCUGGGGAGCCAAGAACGAGGAUCCAUCCAGCUCUGGAAUCAGUAUGGGUUCAGGUUCCGGUUCUGGAAGCAGCGGAUGCGCGUCCAGCACCCUUGGCACGCUACCCCUAAACCGUUGCUACUCGUCGCUGCCCCGAGGCGCGUUGGCAGCCUAUGGCAGUUUGACAAGGCCCGCUACACUGCCGAGACUUCCUCUUGGGCUUGGCCUUGGUCCUGCGCCCGCUACCGGAAACGGACCGUUGCCGCAGAACGACAGGGACAGGGACAGCAACGGGAGCAGCAAAAGGAACAGCGACAGCGUGCUCUGUCAUCGUUUACCGCUGCUACAUCCGUUACCCACCUGCGACGUUAGCAGUCAUCAAGGAACUGGCUUCCACGAGAUCUUCAACGCUAUCAGAGAACCGAAUUGCAAGCUGAGGUCCUUGAACGUGUCUAAGUGUUUGCUCGGCGGAUUAGAUGCGGGCUGCUUGGGGGAGACCAUCAGAAGAGCGCGCAAUUUGGAUGCUUUAAGGGCUGCUGGUGCGUCCAGACCAGCGGACGUGAUGCCAUUGGUUCUUGCAUUGACGGAAGCGCCUUGUCUUCAGCUCUUGGAUCUGGCCAGUCCACGGCUAGCCCUCGACGAUCAUCCUUCCAGAUUGCUGUGUCACGCGCUCGCCAGGAACACCACCCUUAAGCUGCUCAGUCUCGAGGGUUGGACUUUCAGAAUAGAGGAAUCCGACAGCCUAGCAGUUUUUUCUGAGCUGCUAAGAUAUACGAGCGUCCGCGAGCUAAGUCUUUGCAACGCCCGACUACAUCUGGCCGUCCACGAGGGUCCUUUGGCGAGAUUAGGGCGUCGGGACGACGCCGGGGCCGAACUCCUGAGAGCCGCGCCGCCUCCUGCUUGCCCCGCGAUUGUAUUCCUCAGGCUGGCCGGUUUUCAAGUGACAGUGAACGAUCGUCUGGCGCUACGAGGGCCCCUUCUAUUGCCAUUCCUCGCAGGCUUCACCGCUCUCAGCGAGCUGGACCUCUCGUUGGACAAAUCCACUAUAGGAGGCAGCAGCGGAUCUCUGCUCUUCAUCGACGACAAGAUCUUGCAGCAAUUCUUCGCCUGCCUCUCCUCUCACUUUAGGAACCUACAGUCCUUGAGGAUCAAUUUCUGGCGAGUUACCUUGGAGGACAGCGAGAAGACGAUGAGACAGAUCGCGAAAUACCUGAAACUGUGCAACCUGAGCUUCCUAAAGGCGAACGGAUUGAUCGUGACCGACAGCGCGAAGAAGGUGCAGAUGGAGCACGUGUUCGUGCAGACGAUCCUGACUCAUCUUCAAUACUUGACUUGGCUCUGCCUGGACGGAGUGGAUUUGACUGAGACCCAGGCUUCCAGUAUCGGGAAAUGCGUAAGAGAUCGGUUCCCAGGAACUUCGUUGGAGAUCAGCGCCAAAGACGUGCACGUAAAGUCCGUGAAGGCCUUGGUUGCCGCGAUAGAAGAAGGAGGAAGGGCGGAAGUCGUGUACACCGGUGGAUCCAACUGUAGAUUGAAGAUCACGAAGGUGCAGAAGAGCAGCAAGAGCAAGAAAAAGUGAAGAAUUGUCGGAACACCCUUGGUUAUCAACGAUACGGAAGCUUCUUAAUUGUCUGGCCACGGAAGAACGUGGCCAUAGAAAAAUAACGAUUGGAAUUUGAUUGUAGAUGAACGAAGUAUAGAAAAUGGAAACGUACGAAGUAGAAAGGAGAGAUAUUGAUUGCGCGUGAUUCUUGAGUAUCCAUGAGCGAUCCGGUGAAACGGAUAUCGAAGAAAUUGAGAGGCUAAGGGGAUGUCUAGGAUGAGAAUAUAAGCGCGUAGUUUUAGGAAGAUACGAGAUCGACGAUGUUAGCCAUAAGAGGCAUGUAGAAUAAAAAGACUACUCAUACAACGGAGGAAAUAAAUGGAGAACGAGGGAAGAAUGAAAUGAAGCCGACACUUUGUGGAUUUUCGUCUUACUGUGAUUUCCUUUUCUGCGCAUCAUCACUUUCCUAACGGCAUAGAUCAUAGAUCAUAGCAUUGUUCGCUCGAAUGUUAUUCUAGAUACUCCGUUAAACGCAGAAAAAUGUCGAGAUCGUAGAGAUAGGAUCUUUGUUUUAAAAGAGAUAGAGUGUAUUCUUUUGAGGGAGGGAGGGAGAGAGAGAGAGAGAGAGUAAGGAAAUGGAAAAGGGUGGAAGAAGGAAACGAGAUAAAAAUUUAUCGCGAGACCAACACGUAUACACACACGCAUACGUACUAUCGAGAGAAUAUUUAAAAACAAAUAAUAAAAAAAAGAUAUAAAAAAGAGGCUGUUGCAACUAGAUACGUUCGUUGUUGUUAGAUGGACUGUAAAAUAUGAUUCAGAGUAAUAUAUUAUUAUUAUUAUUGCCAUUAUUACGAUUACUAUUAUUAUUCCUACGAUUAUUAGUAUAUUCUGAUCACGAUUAUUAAAUGUUACGAUCGAUUGAAUUGCAAUCGACGAUCCAAGAGUGAAAUGGCUUUACCGGAUGGCGCGUUGUUGGAGACUUGAAGAAAUUUUAUAAAUUAUAUUCUAUAGUAGCGGGUAGAAAGAAAAUACGUAUCCAGUGAGAAAGAGGCGUCCUCGGAUUUCGAAUUAUGCGAUUACACGCUAAAUAGAAAACGAUGGCUAUUAUUAUUGUAUAAAAAUAAGGAAACGAAGAACGAGAAAGAAUACAACAAGAAAAUAUAUAUCUCUGCGAGUAAAAACACACAACUGCCAAAUCAUAACGUAGAGUUUAAUUCGCGAUUAUCGUUAUUAUAUCACGAGUUCGUUAUUUUUUAGGAUAAGCGCGAUACGACGAUUUUUAUCCACCGAUCGCCGAACUAGAACGCAACGUGUGAUUUUCUGCCAUCUCUUUGCCAAUACCGAGCAGAAACUAUGGAAAGAACACGAUACUGCCAUAUACCUUCGACAAAAUAAUAAUAACAAUAAUAAUAAAAAGCAAGAAAAAAAAAACGAGUUUAACGUGAAACAGAUCAACGAGUAAGUUCGAUCGGAUUCAGUUCAGCUUUACAUGAAAAGCAGUUCCACGGUGUUCGCUCGAUUUUUCGUACCGUUAGCGAGGAAACCGAAGUUUUUGAUUCCCUUUUAUCGUCCAUUUUAGAUAGCCAGGUAUAGCCUCGCAGGGACGAGAGUUCCAUACAGUUUUUCAUUUUUGAUAGUUUGCUAUGUACAUAAAACACCGCACGAGACACGAAAGCAUCCUUAUCGAAGGUACGAUCUGUUAAAUUUUGCGAGACCGUUUUAAGGAAUAAACUAAUUCAAACGGCGGGACACUGAAGCUGACACCAUACGCGCGCACGUUGUCCAAUGCAUUCAAGAUCGUUUUAUCGUGUGGAAUCAGCUUCAGCGAUUUUAUUAUAAAUAUUUAUGUAUUUAUAUGUGUAUACAUAUCCUUCAAAUAAAUGUAAUAUGUGUUUGAAAA